AUGAGAGCAACAUUGAUAGACACCCACAACAGCAACCACUACAACUUAAUGGAAGGAGUAGAUAAAAAGAAGAAAGCUAAUGAUCAGCAGGAAAUUUCAUCUAGCAACCUCAUCUCACAUGAGAAAAUGAGUGAUAAAGAGGAGGGGUGGAGUGGGGAGGGGAGAGGUCUUAAAAUGGUGGUUGUGAGGCAGGAAAUGAAAAGGCUUAGUUGGGUGUGGGACCUUAUGAGGUUGCAAGCCAAUUUACCUCAAACACAGCUUGUCACAACUAUCACGAAUAGCAUUGGACCACAGCAUCACUAA